GAUUUUAAUAUAUUCAUUAUUCUGUGUCACCAAUAUUUACUAUUUAGUUAUCUAUAGUCUAUAGAUCGGUCAUCGGGUAUCUACUGAAAAAUGUAUGUCCGGUGAAUGCUGACGUGUUUGUACUGGUGUUCUCGAAAUUAAUAUUAAAUUUCAUAAACAGUAAUUAAUUUACCCAUUACUAACCUAACCUACUUACAAAAAAACCUUUCAAAACCAUGUCGUCUAGCGACUGGAACGAAGUGAAGUUGUUGGCUGCAGACUUUCAACGGAUACAAUUAACUACUUCAUCACAAAGGUUGGGGGAACGAAAUUGUGUUGAAAUAGUCUCCAAACUCAUUAGUUCCAACCAGUUGGACGUUGUGUUUACAACGGAUGGAAAAGAAUACGUGACACCAGCACACUUGACUAAAGAGCUCCAAGACGAAACCUAUGUUCAAGGAGGUCGUAUAAAUAUAUUAGAUGCUGCAAGAGCUUUGAAAGUGGAUCCUGAUGUUGCAGCUAAUUUGUGUGAAAAAUUGGCUCAGAAUGAGCCGGACGAGUAUUGCGUUAUCCACGGACAAUUAAUUGGAUCAAACUAUUUGGAUCAGAUUGCCGAAGAUGUUGUAGAAAAAUUAGAGCAGUUGGGCCAUAUUAAUUCGUUAAAGUUAUCCCAGCAAUAUGAUUUACCUGUAGACAUUAUUGAUAUGAUGCUUGAAAAACAUACCAAAAAAUUAACUUUCAACCUUCAUAGAAAUAAAAAUAAUCCAUAUGUAUACUAUACAGAUUUGUAUUUUAAUUCUAUUAAAAGAAUAGUUAAAGGCGCUGUAUUAGCCGUAACUCGACCUGUAUUGUGUACAGCAAUAAUAAAUCAAUGUUCUAUUGAUGAAAAAGAAUUUUUUAGCGUCUUGGAAAAUUUAUUGUCUGGAAAACAAGUGGCGGGUACAUUGACUGAUCGAAUCGGAAACACGUGUACAUAUGUACCAAACAUUUACAUAAAAACUCUAAAUGAUUGGGUUAUGAAUUUUUAUUCAAACAAUAACUACCUUGAUUAUGCUGCAAUGAAUAGUGUUGGAAUAACUGAUGCACAGUCAUAUAUAUCACGUUUACCACUGGCAAAGGAACUGCUUGUACUCACCACAUGUUCUGUUGGUCCUAAAAUUCUAAACGAUGUCUCUGCAGCUAUUGAAGAUGCUAUUGCUAGUGGCACAUGGAUUGAUAUCUUGGAUUUUGUACCUGUGACCAUUGACAUUAAAGAUGGGGUACUUAUCUUAGAAUAUCUGUUAAAAAAAGAUAAACUAUUAAAAGGUUACCAAAUUUUUAAUGAAACUGUUCUCGUAACUGAUCAAUUUAUUGAAAAGCUGUCUGAGCACAUUCUUAGCGCAACAGAUAGCAAAAUUAAACAGAUUGUUGAAUCUGGGGAUUAUGCCAAUGCUCUUGUGCAAUGGAAAAUUCAACAAAAAAUGGCAGAGGACAAAAAUCCAGAACUUAGUCGUAAAGAAGAGCGCAAAAAAAAGUCUGGAGGAAAACAUGGUGGAGGAACGCAAGGACGAGAAACUAAGAUUAAGGCAGUAAAAAAAAAAUAUGGUCAAAAAUCUAAACACCAUGAUUCUGACUCUGAUGAUCAUGACAAUAAAGCAAGCAUUAACGAUCAGUUUAUGAUUGAAAUCGUUAGUUUAGAUGAAAUAAGAGAAUAUUUAGAGAAUGAAGAAACAUUUAAAGAUGUCGAUGGGGAUAAAGACUUAUUAAUUGAUAAACUCAUCACUUAUCUCUACCCAAUUUUGAAUAAGGAGUCUUUAAGACAGGCACAAGCUACAUACGAUCAAGUAAUGGCCAAUCGAACGGGUGAUAGACGUAAAGUACACCAGGAAUUCCGAGACAAGAUCUUAUUGCUGAUUGCAGAUUUUCAUCAGUACGUUAAAGGUAUUCAGAAGUUUGAGAGUUCAGAUGUCCAAACCCAACUUACAACAUAUUUGUUAAAGUCAACUGGAGGAGAAAUGGUUGAAAGUGUUAAAAAAUAUAUAGCGCAAAACAGAGAAAACAAUUUGGAGUCAAAAUCUAAUCAAUAUGAUGACAGUCAAAUUCAAAAUGCUGUUGAAAAGUUACAAAAAUCGUUAAUGUCAAAAACCACAGACGAUUUUUAUGAUGCGGUAGACCAAUUGUUAUCUGCUGUAGAUAUAGUACAAAAGAAAAAUGAUCGCAAAAAGGAGAGAGAACAUGUACAAAAUAAUCGACAACUGCUAUUGAAAUCGUUAUCCGAUGUUAAAGAUGAUCCUGCUGAAGUAUUGCUUAUUUGUACCCAAAUUCUUUUUCAAACAGUUUCUCAAAAUAUGAUCAAAGUGUCUGGUAAAUUUGUAUCAUCUGUUUUGGGAUUUUUACAAAAAUAUCUUAACGAAAAUGAUUUUACACUUUUACAAAACUACCAUGAUCUCGUUGUUCAGUUAUUAAAAACUGAAAACCCAGAAGAUAAAGAAAGAAUUAACUCCCAAUUAAAAGAUACCACCAGUGCAGUAAAAGACCUUGUAAUUAAUUUCAAAAAAGUUAAAACCGAACAUUAAUAAUUAUUUGUCAAUAAUUCUUCGAAUAAAAUAAUUUUUGUUUGUCUAAUAAAUCAUGUUUUUUUUUGUCAAUGUAUGUGUGUGUAUACAAAAUAAUUCAGCACUGUAUAUGUU